AUGGAACUGUACACAAUUUGGUUCUUCUUCCUGGCAGUAGCAGUGUCCCUCUUAGCCUACUGGCUCAACCAGCAGAAAGCAUUUCAGCAGCCCGAGACUGCCAACAACACCGAGACCGAAACUGAUGCCGAGAACGAGAAAACACAUUCUCGCAAUGCUCGGUUGCCAAACGGAAAAGAUGCACAGGACUUCAGAAACAUCUACUUCGGCGUAUACACGCUCGUUCUAGCCGCCGACUGGCUACAAGGUCCAUACUUCUACAGCCUUUACCGCUACGCCCAUGGACUACCAGAGUCCACCGUUGCGCUGCUGUUCAUCACGGGAUUCGUCGCAGCAGCAGCAUCGGCUUCAUUUGUCGGGUCCCUGGCUGACAGAUACGGGCGACGCAAUGCCUGUUUCGCCUACUGUGCGAUAUACUCGGCAUCUUGUGCGUCUGUACUUGCCUAUGGUCGCCUGGAGAUUCUGGUUCUGGGUCGAGCGUUGGGAGGCCUAAGCUCCACUCUUCUCUACUCUGUCUUCGAAGCAUGGAUGGUUGCGGAGCAUAAUGCGCGGAAUUUGGGCUCUGUCGUGCCACUGAGUAGCAUGUUCAGCUGGAGUACUACGUUGAGUGGCGUUGUUGCUAUUGCCUCGGGAGUCUUCGGCGAAGCGUUGGUCUCGCUGACCGGGUCGCAGACCUCUCCUUUCAUGAUGGCUAUAGUGUGUUUGGGCGCAGCGGGCGUUGGCAUGCACAAUUUCUGGAACGAGAACUAUGGCCAAGCCGCUACGAACACACAUCGUGAGGACGAGGAGGCCAGGGCCCCACUGCUCAGUCAAUUGGAGCCCAACAUCGAUCUGAGGAAGCUUUCGAUACUUACAUUGGUUACGACUGUCUUCGAAGGGAGCAUGUAUCUCUUUGUCUUCCUGUGGACCCCGACACUGGAAGCUGCUAGAGAAGCUGCGACCAAGAUCACUCCAACCCUUCAGUGGAAUCUGCCUCUUGGUCUGAUCUUCAGCGCGUUCAUGUGCGCCAUGAUGCUUGGAUCGAUGUUGGUGUCCGUGCUGAAUCUACGAUAUAGGAGUCACGGAGCAGUGGCACUUCUCAUCGACACUCUGGCUAUUGCAGCAUCGGCUUUGUUCAUUCCAGUCCUCGCUUCAAACGAGACCUACAUAUUCUGGAGCUUCGCUGUCUUCGAAGCGUGUGUCGGAAUGUACUACCCCUCGAUUGGCAAGAUGAAGAGCAGUAUGAUCCACGAUGGCGUGAGAGCCAAGGUCUACGCGUGGAUGAGGCUGCCGCUCAAUGCGUUUGUGGUAGUCGCCCUGAUGCUGAACAAAGACGGGAAUGAGAACCGACGAACUAUCUUCCAGGUAGCUGGUGCAUUGUUGCUCGGUACGGCGUUCGUUGCUAGGAGAUACCUGUCUUGA